CGGCGGCGGUCCUAAUGGCUGCGCGCGGGCCGCGGUGAGGCGCGGGCGGAGAGCGACGGGCGCGGGGCCGCGGAGCAGGAGAGCGAGCGAGCGAGCGCGCGGCCGGACGCGGCCAGGCCCGGCCCGACCCGCCGAGCCCGCGAUGCGCCCCGGGGCCGCCUCCCGGCGCAGCUGACGCCGCGGCCGCGGAGACCCCGGCCGGCCAGGCCGCGAUGGCGGGGAAGGCAGCCGCCCCGGGCACCGCGGUGCUGCUGGUCACGGCCAACGUGGGCUCGCUCUUCGACGACCCAGAAAACCUACAGAAGAACUGGCUUCGGGAAUUUUAUCAGAUUGUCCACACGCACAAGCCGCACUUCAUGGCCCUGCACUGCCAGGAGUUUGGAGGGAAGAACUAUGAAGCCUCCAUGUCCCACGUGGACAAGUUUGUCAAAGAACUACUAUCAAGUGAUGCAAUGAAAGACUACAAUAGGGCUCGAGUCUACCUGGAUGAAAACUACAAAUCCCAGGAGCAUUUUACAGCACUAGGAAGCUUUUAUUUUCUUCACGAAUCCUUAAAAAAUGUCUACCAAUUUGACUUUAAAGCUAAGAAGUAUAGAAAAGUCACUGGCAAAGAGAUCUACUCGGACACGUUGGAGAGCACGCCCAUGCUGGAGAAAGAGAAGUUUCCGCAGGACUACUUCCCUGAGUGCAAAUGGUCCAGAAAAGGCUUCGUUCGGACAAGAUGGUGCGUCGCGGACUGCGCCUUUGACCUGGUGAACAUCCAUCUUUUCCACGACGCUUCCAACUUGGUUGCGUGGGAGACAAGCCCAUCCGUGUACUCGGGGAUCCGGCACAAGGCCCUGGGCUACGUGCUCGACAGAAUCAUCGACCAGCGAUUCGAGAAGGUGUCCUACUUUGUCUUUGGCGAUUUCAACUUCCGACUGGAUUCCAAGUCUGUGGUGGAGACUCUCUGCACAAAGGCCACGAUGCAGACAGUCCGGGCCGCCGACACCAAUGAAGUCGUGAAGCUGAUAUUCCGAGAAUCAGACAACGACCGGAAGGUUAUGCUCCAGCUGGAAAAGAAGCUCUUUGACUGCUCCAACCAGGAAGUCUUCCGAGACAACAAUGGCAUUGCGCUCUUAGAAUUUGACAAAGAGCUGUCUGUUUUUAAGGACAGACUGUAUGAACUGGACAUCUCGUUCCCUCCCAGCUACCCGUACAGCGAGGACUGCAGCCAGGGCCAGCAGUACAUGAACACCCGGUGCCCCGCCUGGUGCGACCGUGUCCUCAUGUCCCCAUCUGCCAAGGAGCUGAUUCUGAGGUCGGAGAGCGAGGAGAAGGUUGUCACCUACGACCACAUCGGGCCCAACGUCUGCAUGGGAGACCACAAGCCCGUGUUCCUGGCCUUCCGAAUUGCGCCUGGGGCAGGUAAACCUCACGCACAUGUGCACAAGUGUUGUGUCGUGCAGUGACGCGGUGGGAGGAGAUCCCCGCGGCACAGGAGGGCCCUCCACGUGACCUGCCUGUAGCCGAGGGGCACACGGAAGUCGAAGUC